CUAAGGUCCCCUCAAUUUUGGAGGAAAUGAUGAAGCGUAUCAGACAACUCCGAGUAAAUAUAAAAAGUAAAUUCAAUUUACCAAAGACACUCCAUUCUAGUGAACAUGCAAAUGAGGGGUCGACUGAAUUUGAUUUUCUCAAUCCAUCCGUGGACCAGAUCGCAUCACCUGUGCAGAUAGCGCGUAGUAUCGCCAGUUUCUAUCAAGACGUAGUUUACGCGUAUUGUAUCUUUGACAUGGCGAGAAUUUUGGAUCAGGCUGCGAAUGAGAUGAGUACCGAAAUACUGCGUCACCCAGAGUUGCUUCUAGUUUCUCCGUAUUACCUUAUUAAAAACCCUCGAUGUUUUUCUUAUCAAAUUGGCGAGGAGCGGUUUAAGGUUUUACAGAAAAUUUUGCUUGCUCUAUUCUCUGAUCACGAGAGGUUAUCCGACUCUCUUUCCCAGAAGGCGUUGCAAGAGUCCCUAUCAGGCACAAGCUUAGUAUCGUUCUUCCGUGGUUUAGCCCUCUGUUCAUCUGUAUCCCACCCGCUUUCACAUCAGGCUGCCUUCGUAUUUGGGGCGUUACUGGCGGAAGGCUCGAUAUCCGAGGAUCUAUCGCUUGAGGGGGAGUACAACGACCGUGCAGUGACGCUUUCACGAUUAUUGAUGGCUACGGCACAGGAAUUUGGCUCCAACACAAUGCUCAACGCAGGCAUAACCCUCAAACGUCAAAUAGGCAUCGAUAUUACCUACACUAUAUCGAAAAAGAUUUGUCUUGUGUUCACCAAAGUCGAGAAGCGCCGCCUAGACUGGUCCCUCAAAGGGUCUGUACUUUCACGCAAGGACUUUUCUUCAAAAAAAGGAUGGCAUUUUAGGGUCCCGAGUUAAUAGGAAGGUUCCCAAUCGGCCAUUCUCAUUUUGAUGGAUGUCUUUUCCUUGCCGUGUUUCUUUUGAUCUGCAUUCCUGACUAACGAAUGUUAAACCAGCGGGAUCAUUUUCUUCUUAUUUUUUUCCUGCUUUGAUAUAAACUUUGUUUUUUAGUAUAAUAUUCGUUUAAAUUUCUGCUUUUUUGUAUCCCAAUUCUUUGAACAUAUAUCUAUCGAUUUGCCUAUCCUUCUCUCUCGAAGUAUAUAUAUGUUUUUUGUGUGUAAGGACAGUUA